UUGUGAGGAAGAGGCGAAUGCUCUUGAGUGGGAUGUUGGUGGCAGCAGACUACUCGUUGCUGAUUCAGCGGGGAGAUGCCAGUUCUGGGGAAUGAAGGAUCAUAUAAUUAAUGAUUGGCACAUGAUUGGCUCUGUCGACCUUCACAACGAACAUGUGAUAGCACUCGAGUGGCUGCACAAAGGAUCAAAGCUGAUUUUGUCACACGAUAAGGACACGGUGAGGUAUUCGGACAAGUUCCAGAGAGUCCCUGUUCAUGACUUUCGCCCAUCCGUCGUACAUUUUGGGGGCCGCCCCAUGGAUGGCUGGAUCGCAGUCACUGCUACUGGCUUGGUGUGUGUUACGCUCAUAUCUCCAAACAAAGAAGUCAAGACACUUUAUGAAAGUUUGUCUGCUGUGAGAUCGAAAAUGAUUCUUGCAGAUGUCGCAUACUGUAAUAAUGGAGAUUUGAUGGUGGUGACUAGUGAUGGACUCAUAUCUUCAGCCGUACGUUGCUUCAAAGUCUCAAUCAAGGCUCAACAUGGGGGUGCCGAUUUCACUGUCACUUGUCAGCCAAUGGCAAGCUUCUUUAUGAAGACCUACACGACCAAUCACCAGUCCUGUCAAUAUGGGAAAAUUUCUCACCUGCGAUUUGCGUGGAAGGAGGGCACGAACGCACUGCUAACCUGCGCAGCCGGCAACAGUGGCAGCUGUGUGGAAUUCUGGGAGAUGAAGGAGCAGGCCAGCCCUGUUCACAAAGUGUUUCAAAGUGCAGGAGGUGGAUCGGGGGAAUACAAGUCGCUGAAAUGGAAGUAUGUCGACACGAUUCUGCACACGUCCGAGGUGUCGGCUGUGACGUCUUCACGUCUCUCACCUUCAGAUGGCGCUCUCAUCCCGCACUAUAGCGGCAUCGUCGCGUACAAGGACAGCAGCAUCAAGCUGCUCUACAGGAGCAGCGUGACGCAGGUUGCCGCGGUAACGAUGGAGAACAUAGUGCGGCUCGCGAGCGACUCCGGCCUCAGCCAGUCGACUAUGGCCGGAGAGCUGACCUGCAUGCGCCAGUCUACGACCGGUUACAUCAUGGUUGGCGUAGAUAUCUACAGUCAGAUGUUCGUCUAUAGACUGUCGACGAGUCGAGACACGUAUUUCCAAACCGGUACUUUGCUGGCCACAAAUCACAUUGUGAAUCUACUCGAGUACUGCAUGCUGAAUGGUUACGACUGGUUUGAUGUGCUGCUGUGUGUUAGACCAGGGUACAUCGACAGCGUGUGUGAUUGGCUGACUGAUAGUUUCAUGAAGCAGCCUGCCUCCAUACAGCAGGUCUACUAUAAUAAGUACCUGACGAUAAAGGCAUCUCUCUACAGAUGCUCUCCGGCCAGGAGAAAGGUCCCGUGGAGAAACUCACGAACUUGAUGAGAGCUAACAAGUCGGAGGCUGACCUGACCAGCAUGCUGUCGCUAGUGAAGGCAACGGAGACCAAGGCACGCGAAUACAUCGUCGAGCCGUCGGUGCUGCAGUGUCUCCAGCAACUACUCCAGUGGAUUACCGACUUCACUCUCUACCUGCUGGCGUUACUGCCCACCCAGUAUGUGCACAAAACAGAGCACCCAAGGUGUGGUCUGCUAAAUGAUGUCA